UCUCAACUGGGACGGAGCUGUGAGCAUUGCUGGGGGGCGGAACAAAUUUGUGGGCUUCAAGCGCCGGUCCGCAAGCCAUUUAAGGGUUUGUGUGUCGGGUGUGAGAGUAUAAUAAUAACUCAUCUACGGGCGGACCUUCAUUGGAGUGCCGACAACCGGACACGAAAGGAGACAACAUCGUACAUCGAUAGCUUGCUGGAAACGGGAAAAUGAGGUGCUCGGUAAUGACGGUGUUGACCUUCGGCGUGGCACUGCCGGUGGUGCUGGUGUUGCUACUCGGUACCGGUGUCCAUCGUGCUGAGUCAGCAAAAAUUGUGUGCGUCUUUCCUACGGCCAGCAAGUCGCAUGUGCUGGGCUUACAGGCGCUGCUGAAGGAGUUGGCAAGGCGGGGACACGAGGUGACGAUGGUCAGUGCGUUCCCGCUCAAGAAGCCACCGAAAAACUAUCGCGACGUGUACCUGCCCAUCGAGGACGCGUUUUCAUCCUUUAUGAAGGAAUUUAUGCAGGGAGGAAGUCGCAAUAUGAUGAAGCUAUUGCCGAAGGUGUUGCACGCCUCGCUCGAAUCAUCGAACAUGUCGAUCAAUACGCCGGAGUUCCGGCAGUUGGUUCGCGAGGAACAGUUUGAUCUCGCGAUAGUGGGUUACUUCAUGAACGGGUUCGUCAUCGGCAUCGGCCAGCUGUUUAAUUGCCCGACGGUACUGUACUUUUCGGAGGGCGUUACCGGGUUUACGAACGUGAUUGGCAACCCGAACGAGGUAGCUGCCGUGCCGCACAUGCUGCUGGGGCCCUGGAAUCCGAUGUCGUUCUUCAAACGCGUGCUCAACACGCUCGUAAACGGCGUGGAGAAGCUGAUGAUGCUAUACAUACGGCACAAAACGCUGCCUUACUACGAGUCAAAUUUUCCAACCGAAAAGGGUUACCGAAGCUACGACGCGACGAUGCUGAAUGUGUCGCUGGUGCUGCUAAACAGCCAUUUCACGCAAACCGUCCCCCGACCAUAUCUACCCAACAUGGUGGAAGUGGGCGGUCUGCAGAUCAAUACCAAACCGGAACCGUUGCCGGCGGAUUUGCAAGCGUUUCUGGAUGGGGCCGCCGAACACGGUGCCAUUUUCAUUAGCUUUGGUUCGAACCUUCGCAGCUCCACCUUGCGGCAGGACAAGCUGGAUGCGAUCCUGGGUAUGAUCAGAAAGUUGAAGCAGCGUGUGAUUUGGACCUGGGACCAGGACGAUAUGCCUAAUCGGCCGGCCAACGUGUUCAUCGGCAAGUGGCUCCCGCAGGAUAGUAUUCUGGCCCAUCCGAAUCUGCGACUGUUCAUUACCCACGGCGGUCUGGGAAGCAUCACCGAGGCGAUGUACCACGAGGUGCCGAUCGUGGGAAUACCCAUGUUUGGCGAUCAGGACGGAAACGUGGCCCAGGCCGUGAAGGAUGGAUGGGCAUUGGCAGUUAGUUUCGACACGCUGACGGAAUCGACGCUAACGACCGCCGUUCGGGAAGUUUUGAGUAACGCGCAUUAUCGCGAUCACAUCGGUACACUGGCGAGGCUGUACAAAGAUCGCCCGAUGUCAGCACUGGAUACGGCCGUCUAUUGGGUCGAGUACGUCAUUCGGCACCGUGGAGCACCGCAUCUGCACUAUCAGGGAGCCAACUUGAAUAUGUUCCAGCUGGCGCUACUGGAUGUGUACGCAUUCCUCGCGACCGUGCUCUUGGUCAUGUGCGUAUUGAUCCGCUUGAGCUUCCGGAAGCUAAAGCGGAUGAUGUUUGGUGACUCACGAGGCGAGAAGCUCCAAUCCCAAGCCGACCAGAAAGCGGCGAAGAAAAAAGCGAAGAAAAUGUAAUCUUCAUCACAUUCCCCUCGGAAAGGCGCCGCCAACACCUAUAUUCUAUUGCAUC